GAAGGGGCGAGAUGCAGUGGCACAAACUACAAGGACGAUGACCACUACGCCAAUUGCUACUUUUGAUGACUUUACCAAGAUCGACCUUCGCGUUGGCCGAAUCAUAGAGGUCACUCCAUUUCCAGAAGCCCGUAAUCCCGCUUGGAAGCUCAAAGUGGAUCUCGGUGAAGAAAUUGGAAUCAAAAAGAGCUCGGCUCAAAUCACAAACUACACCGCUGAAGAGCUUGUAGGUACUUUGGUGAUGGCUGUGGUCAAUUUCAAACCACGUCAAGUUGGUAAAUUCAUGAGCGAAGUGCUCGUUGUCGGUGUUCCUGAUUCGGACGGCAAGAUUAUCCUGGUUCGACCAGAGAAGGAUGUCCCAAUAGGAGGACGUCUACACUAGUAGAGAACACGGACGAAACACAAUGAUUGCGUUCGCCUUGAUCUUUAUUGUGUCAACAUAGAUAUCAAA